AUGAAAACUUGUUCAUUUCGAGGAGCUGAACCUCGAUCGAAGAUUGAAGGUCUUUUCUGUGGAAGAGAUGAACUUCAAGCAAGAUAUACAUUGACUCCAUGUGGCAAUCUAUUUUGUCUAUGUUGUCAUUCAUUAAAUAGUCAUAAGAAAAUUCAAAAAUGGUCAGUUGUUGAUUUUAAUUCAAAUUCAACGCAUCGAUUUGUCAAUGGAUAUACUACCUAUCUUAAUUGUCCAGCAACAUGUACUACAUCAAAUGUAGUCUAUGCUAUGACAUGUCCAUGUGGUCAUUAUGAUUAUGUUGAUUCAACAGCAAAAACAUUGGCUGAUGCUAUGGCAUAUCAUCGAGAACAUCGAAAUCGAAUUGUACAUGAGAAAUUAACUGAUAGUCCUCUAUGUCAAGAAUCAUCACUCGAUCCCAACGAGAAAGAGAAUGAAAUAGCCAAUUGCAUGCGUCUCUAUCAACAUUCAGCUCGAUGUCCAAUAGCACUUCGUUUAUUUCUCGAUUGUAAUCCAAGUUAUUGGUGUUUUAUUCCUCUAUCCUGUGGCGAACAAGCAACAGAAAAUAUUGUUGAUUUGCGAGAAACUUUCGAUACAAAUUCAGAAUCGGUUCCUGUGAUAGCGAAUGUCGUCGUAAACAAUCCUAGAGUGACUCAGUAUCGCGUUCGUGUGCCAUUACCACCAGCUACCUAUGUCUUCUCAGAUCGACAACUGCAACAACAACGUUCAUUUUUCGAACGACUUCUCUCGUUUUCCACUCAUCAAUUUCCUUAUGUUAAAUAUCAGAUGAUCGUUCGAUUAUACUACGAUACAUUAUUCAUUAUACAUGCUGAAACCAAAUUGAAUAUGAUUUGUCCAAUUGGUGGUGAUGUUGAACAACGCUAUGGUCGUCCAUAUGAUCUCGUUUGGUGUGCUAAUUUGAAUCAUUCAUCAAUGUGA